AUGCGCCAUACUAAGCAAAAAAGAAGUAAAAGCAAUUGUAUAUAUUAUCUUGAGCAGAAAGGCAGAGCUCGAGCCCAAAGUAAGGCAGGAGGUUCAUCUCGACGAAAUGAUUUGAAGGAAAAAAAGACAGCAAAGGAAAGGAAAUUGAAGCAGGAGAGAAACUUGGUCAAAUGGUUUGAAGAAAAGGAAAGGAAUGAAAAGGAGAUGAGCCGGGCAAAAUAG